UUGGGAGUGUGGUGCUUUACACUGCCCUCUACAGCCCAGAAUUGUAUGAAAAGACGAAUCCUAGUCACCUGGGAAACACAAGAGUCUGGCAAAACUGAAAACUGAUGCCCCGAGUCAGCCCCUCACUGUGCCGGGGCCUCCCACCCAUCUCUCCACAAGACGGGGACAUAAUCUGAACCUUGGACUCCCUCCUUUCCUCAAGUGGCCAUGGUCCUGGAGCCCCAUCUUCUGGGAGGUGCAUCCUGCAGUGUCCAGCCUGAUCUUGGUCCUGAGCCUCAGACUGAAACCCAUAUCCCGGAGCAGAGCUGUCAGUCCCCAGGGACCUGCUCUCGCCCUGGACCCCAGCUCAGAGAGAGCCUUGCCCAGCCCUGCCUCCCAGGCCUCCAACAGAACCAGCGGAUGCAGGAUUCCUGCCAUGCACCUUACCUGCAGCAGGCCGCACACAGGCUUCCACCUGUCAGGGGCAGGCGCCUGAACAGGGGCAGGCAAGUAUUCAGAGCUAAGGGUGGUUGGAGACCAUGCAGGAGGUGACCCCUGAGUUGCCUCAGGGGUGAAUGGGAGCUUCUCAGUGUCAGGGGAAGCCAGGUGGAGGGCACAGCCAGGCCUGAAGCUGGGACUGUCCAGCCAGGUCUGGUGAUGGCCACACUCUUUGCUCUAAAGUACUCCGGUGGGCAGUGAAGGGUCGUAGGACAGGGUGAGGCAGGAGAAAUCAUUCCAGAAAGGCCCCUGCUGCCUCCCCCUACCACUGGUUGAGACUGAUUUGCAGACCAGAGUUCCUCCCUCUCCCCGUGCCCCUGUGAGUCCGCCCCACUAGCCGCCAUCCCUAAGGGAGCGGGCUCCCCACCGCAGCCCAGGGGCCACAGGGGCCUUAGCCGCUCAGCAGCCCAUGAUUGCGCUGCAGGGGAGGCCAAGAUUCCCCAGACCUGAGGCUGCCCCACCCCAUCCUGACUGGUCGGCCACCAGGUUUCCGGCCUGACACGGUCUGGGGUGAAGCAGGGAGGGAGGGAAAGUGGGAGGCGGAACGAGCAGGGGAAGAUGGGGGGAGGGGGAGGGGCAGCAUCUCGGAGCAGGCGCCUCCCCUCCCUCGCUGGUUCAUCCUGGUGUGAGGGGCUGUGUGUUUGCUUCCCCCCACCUGCAGGCGGGGCCCAUUGUGUGGGGAAGGGAGCCUCAUUGGCAGGGCAUCAGUGUGUGAUCAUCUGCUCCCUGGCCCUGAUUGGCUGGAUGAGAGGCCCCCCCACCCAGGACCCGGGACACAGAAGUUUGUGCAGCAACUUUUUCCAGCGUGAAGUGAUCGUGUGUCCAGGCUUCAGAGUGGAAUUGUGCCUGCCCAGCAAAGAUGACUCUCUGUGGGACCUUCCUGGAAAAUGAGUUCCGGUGUGAGCUGCUGAGUCAGAGGUGGACACACGGAGACAAGGCCAGUAACUGUGGGACCUCAAGACUUCUCCUGGGUGGACACGGCAAGAUGAGUUUAGAAAGUGAGGAUAAGCGAGCUCGUACGCGAUCCAAGACCCUCCGAGUGCCCCCAGAGCCCACAGGUGCUGACCUCAGCUGCCCCACCCCAGGAUGCACUGGCUCGGGACACGUCCGGGGCAAGUACUCCAGGCACCGGAGCUCGCAGAGCUGCCCUCUGGCCAAGAAGAGGAAGCUGGAGGGUGUCGAGGCCGAGCACCUGGUGUCCAAGCGGAAGUCACACCCCCUGAAGCUGGCUCUGGACGAGGGCUGUGGUGUGGACAGCGAUGGCAGCGAGGAUGCCGAGGUGAAGGACGCCUCUGUUUCGGGUGAAUCGGAAGGAACUGUGGAGGAGGCCGAGGCCGAGAUGUCAGGACAGGAGGAGAUUCAUCGCCCUGGGCCAGCUGAAGGAAGGAGCCCCGGCAAGUCGCAUUUCGGAUCCAGCCCCGUCAGCAGCUCCACGGGCUCCUCCAAGGGCAGCUACAGUAGCUAUCAGGAAAUCAUUGCAACUUCUCUCCUGAACUUGGGCCAAAUCGCGGAAGACACCCUGGUUGGGAAGGACUUGGGCCAGGUGGCCAAGCCAGGCCCCAGUGUCGUGCACCUGGUUCGGGAGGAGGCUGAGGAAGGGGCCACCAGCGAUGAGGGGGGAAAGGACAUCUUUAUCCAGCCAGAGGAUGCAGAGGAAGUCAUCGAGGUCACCGGUGAGCACUCACAGGAGCCGGGUCCUCAGUCCCUGGAGGGUGUGGCCAGUGAGGAGUCCAGAGAGCAGAAGGUUGCCCUGGGUAAUGAGGUGGAAGAGGAGGAGGAGGAGGAGGAGGAGGAGGAGGAGGAGGAAGAGGAGGAGGAGGAAGAGGAUGAUGAAGAGGAGGAGGAGGAAGAAGAGGCUGCUUCCAGUGUGAUCUGCCCGGAGGAUGCCCCUGCCACCCUCUCCAGGAAGGCCCCCGAGCCUCGGCACCCUGCACCUCUCAGCCCCAAGCCCGAGCACCCCGUCCUUGUGGAGGUUCACUCUGACGAUGGUAAGGAUGAGGACUCGCGCUCCCAGAAGUCUGAGGUCACGGAUGAGUCGGAGAUGUACGACAUGAUGACCCGAGGGAAUCUGGGUCUCCUGGAGCAGGCCAUUGCCCUGAAGGCUGAGCAGGUGCGAGCCGUCCGUGAGCCGGGUUGCCCACCCUCUGAGCAGGGCCAACUGGGCCCCAGCGAGCCAGGGAAGGCGGCAAGGUCCCUGGAUGCCACACGGAAAAACUACUGCAGCAAAGAUCCCUCGAGGGCCGAGAAGCGGGAGAUCAAGUGUCCGACACCAGGCUGUGAUGGCACUGGCCACGUUACCGGGUUGUACCCUCACCACCGAAGCCUGUCUGGCUGCCCCCACAAGGACAGGAUUCCCCCAGAGAUCCUGGCCAUGCAUGAGAGUGUGCUGAAGUGCCCAACUCCUGGGUGUACAGGCCAGGGCCAUGUGAACAGCAACCGCAACACUCACAGAAGUUUGUCCGGGUGUCCCAUUGCUGCGGCUGAAAAAUUAGCCAAAUCUCAUGAAAAGCAACAGACACAGACGGGAGAUCCUUCCAAGAAUAGUUCCAGUUCAGAUCGAAUCCUCAGGCCCAUGUGCUUUGUGAAGCAGCUUGAGGUCCCUCCGUAUGGAAGCUACCGGCCGAGUGUGGCCCCCACCACACCCAGGGCCAACUUGGCCAAGGAGCUGGAGAAGUUCUCCAAGGUCACCUUUGACUACGCAAGUUUUGAUGCUCAGGUUUUUGGCAAACGAAUGCUUGCCCCAAAGAUUCAGACCAGCGAAACCUCACCUAAAGCCUUUAAAUGCUUCGACUACACGCAUGAUGCCGAGGCUGCACACAUGGCCGCCACUGCUAUCCUGAACCUCUCCACACGAUGCUGGGAAAUGCCUGAGAACCUCAGCACGAAGCCACAGGACCUACCCAGCAAGGCCGUGGACAUCGAGGUGGAUGAAAAUGGGACCCUGGACCUGAGCAUGCACAGGCACCGCAAGCGGGAUGGCACUCUCCCCAGCAGCAGCCCGGGAGUGAGGUCUCCCGAGGCCUCCCAGCGCCAGGGCAGCACAAGUGCCACCCGCAGCUCCGUGACCGCGUCCCAGUCGGGCCCAGCCUCCCGCCAGGAUGAGUGGGACCGGCCUCUGGACUACACCAAGCCCAGCCGCCAGCGAGAGGAGGAGCACGAGGAGUCAGAGCCAGCAGCCCAUUCUUUUGCUUCUUCUGAAGCAGAUGACCAGGAAGUGUCGGAAGAGAGUGUCGAGGAGCGGAAGUACCCUGGGGAAGUCACCCUGACCAACUUCAAGCUGAAGUUCCUCUCCAAGGACAUAAAGAAGGAGCUGCUCACCUGUCCUACCCCUGGCUGUGACGGCAGUGGGCACAUCACUGGGAACUAUGCCUCCCACCGCAGCCUCUCUGGUUGCCCUCUUGCUGACAAGAGCCUCAGAAACCUCAUGGCUGCCCAUUCUGCUGACCUCAAGUGCCCCACACCUGGCUGUGAUGGCUCUGGCCACAUAACGGGGAACUACGCAUCGCACCGGAGCUUGUCUGGCUGCCCUCGUGCCAAGAAAAGUGGAGCGAAGGUGACACCCACGAAGGAUGACAAGGAGGACCCCGAGCUGAUGAAGUGUCCAGUUCCAGGCUGUGUGGGGCUUGGUCACAUCAGUGGCAAGUAUGCCUCUCACAGAAGUGCAUCUGGCUGCCCUCUGGCUGCCCGGAGGCAGAAGGAAGGUUCCCUGAAUGGCUCGCCGUUCUCCUGGAAGGCACUGAAGAACGAGGGGCCCACCUGCCCCACUCCAGGCUGUGAUGGCUCUGGCCAUGCCAACGGGAGCUUCCUCACUCACCGGAGCUUGUCUGGAUGUCCCAGAGCAACCUUUGCUGGAAAAAAAGGAAAACUCUCAGGGGAUGAGGUUCUUAGCACAAAAUUCAAGACGAGUGAUGUGCUGGAAAACGACGAGGACAUAAAGCAGCUGAACCGGGAGAUCCGUGACCUGAACGAGUCCAACUCGGAGAUGGAGGCCGCCGUGGCACAGCUGCAGUCCCAGAUCUCCUCCAUGGAGAAGAGCCUGAAGCACAUUGAGGAGGAAAACAAGCUCAUCGAGGAGCAGAACGAAGCCCUGUUUCUGGAGCUGUCGGGCCUGAGUCAGGCCCUCAUCCAAAGUCUUGCCAACAUCCGCCUUCCACACAUGGAGCCAAUAUGUGAACAGAACUUCGACGCCUACGUGAGCACUCUCACCGACAUGUACUCCAACCAGGAGUGCUACCAGAACCCCGAGAAUAAGGACCUCCUGGACAGCAUCAAGCAGGCUGUGAGGGGCAUCCAGGUCUAGGCCUUGCCAUUCAAGGAGCCAUCUUGCUGAUCUGGGGUACCCAGGACCUCCUGAAUUUGGCUUCAUUGUUUACCUCGCCCUGCCCUCCCAGUGGAGAUUUCCAACUCACAGUGACUUCUAGUUGGCAGUGUGGGGUGGCCCUGGGUGGGUUUAUCCAAAGGGGUGCCUGGAAAUAAGUAUCUCCUCUGAUGCUCUUGCCAGGUGCGAGGUCUUGACCUCCCCAGGUGAGUGCAGGGCUGGGCAUGAAGUAUUACAAAGUGAUUUAUUUUUUUUCUGAAAGAAAUCUGAAGAGCAGCUCAAAGUCUCCAAUGGAAGCUCAUGGACAAGGUUCUCAGGGAAGUUUUGGAGUUUGCAACCACAGUAUUCCUUUAUCUGUCAAGGCUGGGAGGGUGACUGUGGGCAUGGGGCAGGUGGUGCGUGUGAUGGUGUCAACCUGGAGCCUGCUCCCUGGGGCAUGCGUCUGCUUGGUGAGGCCAAUGUAGCAAGUAUGUUUUCUGUUUCAUUUAUUCAGUUUUGUGUUAAGGAUGGAACAAAGCACUGUUCCAGAGAGUAAGUUAGGAAUAGGCUUGCAGCCCCUGUCAGCUCAAGAAAUCUAACCUGGGAGGCUCCAGAAAGUUAACCGUUGGUUCGACAUUAAAGCGCCUCAUGCUGGGAGUGGCUGGCAUCCCAAGCCUGCAACAGUCACCUGAGGGUUGGGUUCAUGCUCCUUCUUGGGACUGUGGCUUUUAGACCCAGGUCUGGGCCAGGGCUAGGGUCUCUGGCUCUCUGUAUGUCCACCCUGGCCUGUGACCCAUCACUGCCACAUUAACUGGGUCACAACAGAGCUUGACCGAGGUGGGUCCACAUCAGUGAGGUAGGCAGAUAAAUUCCUGAUUGGAGACCACCAAGGUCUCACUUAUUUUUAGAUACAUCAAGAUUCAAAAAAAGGCAAAUUUUAAUAUGAUGUGUUAAAAACACAAAGUUUCUAACAUGUAAAUAGAGUCCAAUGGAUUGUGACUGCAAUUCCAAGUUAGUAUUUAAAAGUAGAGAAAUUGCACUUCCUGGAAGAAAUAAAAAAGUAGUUAGUUUCAUUACUCUGUAAAUUAUUUAAUUUUGUCAAGAUGUAAGUAUUUAUAUUCACAACCUCUUAUGUUAAUGUUGCUAUUUAUUUAACAUUUUUAUUUAUUAAUUUCAUGUAUUUCAACUGCACCCCACACCAGGAUACCACGAGAGGAAGAUAGAUGAAAUCAAAGGAAAAUGAACUAUCCAACCAUGAGUCAGGCCACACACAAAAGAAUCUCGCUUUUACUUCUAGUUAUAAUUCUGAUGCAACCAAGUUAUUUUUUAUAUAUUUUGUUAUUUAUUAUUUUAAUAAUGGAUUU